CCUGACCAAUCAGGGCCGAGCAUGAUCGGGCGUGUUCACGUGAACAGCACACACUAGGUUUUCUUCCAUUCCCCGGUGUGAUUCAUUCCAAGUCUGACUGCGAGCGGAGUAGCACCCUAACAACAAAACACAAUCAACAAGAUGGCGUUAUCACUGACACCUUCGGCUGCCACGGAUAAGUCGGUCCUAGACCGCUACAUGAAGCUUGACCAGGGUGACCGGGUCCAGGCCAUGUAUGUGUGGAUUGAUGGCAGUGGAGAAGGACUGCGUGGAAAAACAAGAACCCUAGAAACAGAGCCCAAAGAUAUCAAAGAACUUCCAACCUGGAACUUUGACGGCUCGAGCACCGGCCAGGCUGAGGGCUCCAACAGUGACAUGUACCUGAAGCCCGUGGCCAUGUUCAGGGAUCCCUUCCGUCUGGGGAAGAACAAGCUGGUGUUGUGCGAGGUCUUCAAGUACGACUGGAGGCCGGCCGAGACCAACCACCGCCUGAAGUGCAACGAGGCCCACCAGGCUUCGGUGGACUCCCACCCGUGGUACGGAAUCGAGCAGGAGUACACCCUUCUGGACCACGAUGGACAUCCCUUCGGCUGGCCCAAGCAAGGAUUCCCCGGCCCCCAGGGACCCUACUACUGCGGUGUUGGUGCCAACAAGGUGUAUGGCCGUGACAUCGUGGAGGCGCAUUACCGGGCCUGCCUGUACGCUGGGGUCAAGAUCGCCGGCAGCAACGCUGAGGUCAUGCCUGCUCAGUGGGAGUUCCAAGUUGGGCCGUGUGAGGGGAUUGACAUGGGCGACCACCUGUGGAUGGCCCGCUACAUCCUGCACCGCGUGGCCGAGGACUUCGGCGUCAUCGUCACCUUUGACCCCAAGCCCAUGGUGGGAGACUGGAACGGCGCCGGUGCCCACACCAACUUCUCUACAAUUGGCAUGAGGAACCCCGGUGGCAUCAAGGACAUUGAAGACGCCAUCGAGAGAUUGUCCCACAGACAUGCGUACCACAUCGCCAUGUACGAUCCCAAGCAGGGUGCCGACAACGCUCGCCGUCUGACCGGUCUACACGAGACCUCCAGCAUCCACGACUUCUCCGCCGGAGUGGCCAACCGCGGCGCCAGCAUCAGAAUACCCCGCCACGUGGGCGAGGAUGGCUGCGGUUACCUAGAGGACCGCCGCCCCUCGUCCAACUGCGACCCGUACCUCGUAACAGAAGCGAUCGUGCGUACAGUCGUCCUGGGGGAGACAGAUAAGAAGCAGUAAACGGUUCAGUGUUAGGAACAUUAUAAAAGCUAUCUCCAAUCAUGUCACCAGUAUUUUUAGAAAAAAGAUCACUGUAAGAACAUUCACCUGGUCAACAAUGUGGGAUUUUGAACAGCCCAAUUGAAGUUAAGGUUUUGAUUUAACGGGUACAGAAUUGUUUUGAAGGCCACAACACUCAAAGUGUCUAUUUUACCUUUACGAAAGUUGAAAUGGGACCAGAAAAUGUGUGUUCAUAGGAGAGUAAGAAGAAAGGGGAAUAUCUUGUAAAUAUUGUUCUGGGUUGGGAGAUCGCAAAAAACUUGUAAGUAGGCCAUGUACAUUACCUCAGAUUGACAAUUUGCAGGGGGGCUAUGUGUUUGUUGUCAACUGUAUAUCAUCCAAAGAUGACCUUUCAAGGUCCACUGAAUAACUGUACACUUGGGAACUACUGUUAAUGUAUGGCAGUCUGUAUUGAGUACAAAAUAUAUUUGUGUAGCGGUAAUUCUUGAGUGUAUCACCUUUAUACUGCAGUCUGGCAUGUCCAGAACAUUGACUCUAUAGAACUGUUGCUACUUCCUGCAAAUCCAAAAAAGGUACUGCAUUGCUAGGAAGUUAAGCUGGGGUUUUACUAUGUUAAGCAAUGAAGAUUCAUAUAGCAAUUGUGUAUCCAAGUUUGGCUUUGCCAUUCUGCAUCUGGCUCUACAGUUUUGCGUAUUUAUUUUACUAUGUGUAGGAUAGUUUUACUUUCCGACAAGUCAUUUGAUUGAACUCUGAAAUAAACAGUUGAAACAAAAAGA